GUUAUCACAGAAAACCAGUAAAUACUAUACAUUAAAUGUUAAUUUCAUAACAUUGUGUUCUGUCAAUAUUUGGAAACUCACAAGUUAAAUUUUAAAACAUUGAACUAGUACUUAUCGUCUCAUCAUAUUUUUCUAAGUACUGUAUUACUGUUGAAAUAAUUUUAAAAAUGUUUAAGUUAAACAUUUUGUUAUUCAUUUAUGUUGUGCCUAGUUUUGCAGUUAGUACUUCAGAGUUAAAAUGUGAAGUUUGUUGUCGACUGGUUGAGUUAAUCCAAAAAAAUGUAAGCUCUGUAGACCCUUCUCGUGUUGUUCAAGUUUUAAAUUUUCGAUUAGAUGAAAAUGGUAAUAACCCUAGUAAUAUUGUUCCUUUAUCUCGUUCACAAAUUUAUUUAUCAGAAGUUAUGGAUUCAGUAUGUAAGCAAAUGUCCGAUUAUGUCCGUGCUACUUUUAAGGAAAAUGGUACAUUAACUGUUAUGCCGCUAGUACUAGAUGGUAAGAUGAAUCCUCUAAUGAGUGAAGUUGAUGUAAUACAAGACUCUGAUUUAAACAAAAGUUUGGAAUAUUAUUGUGAUGAUAUUGUUGAUGAUAUUGCAGAUGAUAUAUAUAAAAUUAUGAAAUCAGAAAAUAAUAAAAAUGUAGUGGAUGCCAUUUGUACAGAUACAGUUAAUUUAUGCCCAAUAAAAAAAAAUAGAGUAGAACUUUAAUAUAUUUGUUUUCUUAACGUUUUUUAUUUUAUUAUUAUAUAUUUUAUGUUUAUCUACUUAAAUAAUUGUUUCAUAAUAGUUAUAUCAUUUUCAUAAUAAACAUUUUAUAUUCAUAAUGUAUUAAGUGUUUUAUGGUAUAAUACUAAUAACUAUCUGUGAUAUAUUGAAUAAACAUUAUUAUUAAUAUUUAUCAUCUAUGGCUAGGAUACUUUGUGUUAUUUCGGUGAUAGUUAUUUAAAUAAGAUGUAAAAUAACAAUAUUGUAAAAAAUUUUAAAAAUACUCUCUGUCAUAUCUCUGAUAAUUACCACAAUUUGGAUAAUAAAUGUUUUUUUAUAAUA